UCGACAAGACAAAAACGCCGGGCAAAUCGAGCCGGAGCCGCCUUGACGAGAGAGCGCGAUCACCACCGCGUCGUCGCUGCACGUCCACGUCCCACUCCGUUCUCGUGCGAUCGCGACUCUUGGCGCGCGGAUCCCGAACAGAACGGGCUGGCGAACCGAGUCGGCACCAGGUAGACCGGAGACGUGUAACGAUCGCUCUCAGCCGGGCACGCAUCGCGAUCGUUUUUAUCGCAAGAUCGAAGACAACUUCAUGGUCGCUUCGCGUACAAUCUAUAGUACUCGCCGUGCACGCUCGAAGAGAGUCUCGUCGCUCUCGGUUCUCGCAGCACUGCUUUCGUGAUAAUUUGUCUUGGAAUUUUUCAUCCAUACGUGCUCGGUGUUAUCGCCGAGCGGAUUCGGCGCUUGAUUAAAAUUAACGCGUGAUCGCGCUUGUAUUGGUGCCGCCGCGAGAUUCGCUGUAAGAGCGAAUAUCCUGGACCGGGAAAGUUCAUUCCCGAAGAAGAAGCAAUCCGGCAGAAUCUCUACUCCCGCGCCUCCGCGCCUACCAGUGUCAUCGAGGAGUCCGCAUCAGCGCGGGAGCGAUUCGUCAGCGUGACUUAACGAGCCGAGAAAAGCACAUAUCAUGCGAAACCGCUGAAAACCAGUCAUGUAAUUCUACGAAGGUCUGUCUCUUAAAAGCAUUGAGAAUUCGGUGAAUAUUUCCGUGAAAUCUCGUUCUAAAAUCUUAUCGGGGCUCUGACGCAUCGGAGACCGGACUGGGUGAUGAGCUCGUGGUACAAGCGGAAGACUGCCGCCGUUGAAAGAUGUUCCGCUCCAAGAUUCGCAUUCAUACGUGUCAAGUGAUACUGCUGACGUCGCUGGUAUGGUUCCUCGUCGACGUCAUGGUGCUCAUGCUCUAUUCGGAUUGCAUCGGAGGGUCCGGAUGGGGCUGCUCAGAUAACAAGCAGCAGCAAGUGCCGCAGCAGUCCGAGGAGCCGCCCCAGCUUCACUCGAAACUGCAGACCAAGGACGCGCAACCGCUGCGGCACGAGUACAGCAACAAGAGACAGUACCUGCAGUCCAAGCUGCACUUGUGGCGACCGGCGAAGGUCGUGAAAGAGAGUAAGGGCAGCCCCGGCGAGAUGGGGGCGGCGGUGCACAUCCCGCCGGAGAACGAGGUCAAGCAGCAGGAGCUGUUCAAGCUGAAUCAGUUCAACCUGAUGGCCAGCGACAUGAUCUCCUUGAACCGAUCCCUCAAGGACAUCAGACUCGAGGGCUGCAAGAAUAAGAAGUAUUCCAAGUAUCUUCCAGACACGAGUAUCGAGAUAGUUUUCCAUAACGAGGCGUGGACCACUCUGCUGAGGACGGUCUGGUCCGUGAUAAACAGGUCUCCCAGAUCGUUGCUGAAGGAAAUCAUCCUCGUGGACGACGCGAGUGAGCGUGAGCAUCUAAAGCAAGACUUGGAGGACUAUAUAACCACGUUACCUGUUCCCACGUACGUGUAUCGCACCGAAAAGAGAUCAGGACUGAUAAGAGCGAGACUUCUAGGGGCGAAACACGUCAAAGGACAAGUAAUUACAUUUCUCGAUGCGCAUUGCGAGUGCACCGAGGGUUGGCUGGAGCCGCUGCUCUCAAGAAUUGCGAACGACAGACACACCGUUGUCUGCCCGAUCAUAGACGUAAUUAGCGACGACACCUUCGAAUACAUCCCAGCCAGCGACAUGACAUGGGGAGGUUUCAAUUGGAAAUUAAACUUCAGAUGGUAUAGGGUUGCGCAAAGAGAAAUGGACAGAAGAAACAGCGAUAGAACGGCGCCGCUACGAACACCAACAAUGGCCGGUGGAUUGUUUUCCAUUGAUAAGGACUAUUUUUAUGAGUUGGGCGCAUAUGACGAAGGCAUGGACAUCUGGGGUGGCGAAAAUCUUGAAAUGAGCUUCCGGGUGUGGCAAUGUGGCGGAACAUUAGAAAUCAGCCCGUGCUCACAUGUGGGACAUGUGUUCCGAGAUAAAAGUCCGUAUACAUUCCCUGGUGGUGUGAGCAAGAUAGUCCUGCACAAUGCGGCCAGGGUGGCCGAGGUCUGGAUGGAUGAGUGGAGAGAUUUUUACUAUGCCAUGAAUCCAGGAGCGCGAAACGUCGACGUCGGCGACGUGUCCGAGCGAAUAAAGCUCAGAGACCGAUUGAAGUGCAAAAGCUUCAGAUGGUACUUGGAGAACAUAUAUCCGGAAUCGCCAAUGCCACUAGAUUAUUACUACCUUGGCGAUGUGAAGAAUGUCGAAACGCAAACCUGUUUGGAUACUAUGGGCAGGAGGACCGGGGAAAACGUUGGAAUUAGUUAUUGUCAUGGAUUAGGUGGCAAUCAGGUAUUUGCUUACACUAAGCGGCAACAGAUAAUGUCCGAUGAUAUGUGCCUUGAUGCAGCUAGUCCACAAGGUCCUGUGAAGAUCGUACGAUGUCAUGGCAUGGGUGGUAAUCAAGCGUGGGUUUAUAAUGAUGAGACCAAAAUGAUUAAGCACACAAACACGGGUUACUGUUUGUCAAAACCCCAUUCGGGCGACGCGUCGCAACCCGUCUUGGCGCAGUGUGACGUCAACAAUGUCGGCCAAAAAUGGAUCAUGCGUAGCAAAUUCAAGUGGCAAGCCAGCUAAUACAAAUCGCAAGAUCUGUACACAAUAUUUGUUAAUAUAUUUAAUGAACGGUAACCGACUGUUCGCCAGCUACUUCCCAAGUGUGCGUUAUAUAAAAAAAAAAAGAGAGGAUGGAGUAUUGCAAGCAGUGGCAGAGAGGAAUCAGUAUCACGCCUAAUCGUGUUUCAAACGUGCGUCAAAAUGGAAUUGACAGUGCGCGAGGAGACGAGAUUCGUAGUUAACUGAUUUGAUUCUAUAGGAUUUAUUUACUAUAGCAGUAUCGAGAAUUUACUGCCAUUCCCUUGUAUUACGGUUCUUAUGGUACGCCUUGAUCAAUGCACAAGAGUGACAGGGAUGCAUUUCUCUGGCCGCGUGUGAACAUAAGUGAUACUAAAUGACAGAGUGAACUUUUUUUCUUCUUUCCUGGUUAAGAACCUGUAGAGAAGAAAUCAUAUCAGACCACUGUUAUAAAUAAAAUAAUUGUUAAUACAAGAGAGAGAGAGAAAGAGAGAGACAUAUUUGAUAAUUUCGGAUGAAUGUAAUGACGGAUGACUGCCCAUUAGAUCGGUGCGUAAUGAUGAAAUGUGAAUAUAAUAGAAAUUUGUCGCGAAAUAACGGAAUGAAUGAAAAGAAUGCUAGUGAAAAAUCGAUGUGACGCUCUACCAAUAAUAAUAUAGAAAUUAUUAUUGUACCAUUUAAUAAUUAGGGAAGAGCACUGGACCUUUUUAUAUUCAUUCGUGUUUCCGAUAGUUCCUCGUUGCAUAUCGUUUGUAUAAUUUAACUAUUACGCAUUGUUUCGUGCAAAGGAUGUACUUAUCAGAAUUUAUUAUAUCAGAAUUUAGCAAUAUAGAACUACAUUCAUCAAGUUUUAGUUAGAUGCAUGCGAUUAUUAAUUGUUGUUCGUUUAUGGAGACAUAACGCAAUUUCUAGAUAUACAGAAUGUCUUCCAUAUUUUAACAAUAGCGGAUGAAUAUUUUCUUAGCGUGAUCAGUCAUCGCGCGCGCAUUUGCGAGUUAUUUGUUAAUCGUUUCUUUGACGAAUGUUUAAUCUGCAAAUAGCCAUAUGAUGAAAAAUUACGCGGUGAAUCGCUUUAAAGAGAAUAACUUUUGAGUGCGACGCUCAUAGCACUACCACUUUAUAACUUAAGAAAUAAAUUUAAUGAAAGUAUAUCAUUAAUUUAAAGGAAAAAAAAAAAGAAAAAAAAUAAUCAUCAUACAAAAGAUUAACUGCAUGAAAUCAUCUCUAUUUCGAAUCCUAGCAUCUUCCGUCUUUGACAUCAUGAGUUACAAUUGACCGCUUUUCUUAUCUUUUCAAUAGUUGCGAAAGAUACAUCUUUUGCUCGAUGUCAGAGAUACCGAAAUCUUUUAUUGGAAACGAACUUCUGAAAGUUUGUUCGUACUCUCGUGAAAUGUUUUAUGUUCUUCCCUUGUAAAUGCUAUUGACGAAUAUACUCAUUAUAUUCUUAUGUAAUCUAAAAGAAAACGUUAUUUGGUGAUGGUGCAACGUUAAUAGCUUAAUACAUUUGUCUUUUAAGACUGUGGUAUUUAUUUUUGUAUAGAAUACAAAUUGAAUUAUAUGUUGAAAUAAGUGAUGUAUUAGUCUACUUCAGCGACGAGUGAUAAAAUGUUCGAUCGCGAUCGAAAAAAAAUUAUAUUCUAUUAUAGUACCUUCUUGCAAAUACGUCAUUCCUUGCGAGCUAAUUUCACACUUGAUUUCACUUUACGACAAAUAUUACUAUUAACGAAUAAAAUUGCUAAUGAUCUA